AUGAAGUCGGGUGGCCUCUUGCUCCUUGUGGGGUCCUUGGUCCUCUGGACUGCCCUGCUGGCUGCACCACACACAGGUAAGAAGAGGCAGUUGUUGGGAUGCAAAGCCAGGGGCCUCAGCGGCUGGGACCAUCCAGACAAGGAAAGCAUGUGGGGUUUUUCCCCCUGGUGGAGGAAAUCAGGAAAUGGUUUUGCAAUGAGGAAGAGUAGACAUGCAGUUCUGGGACUUGCAUGUCAAAGGCAGGUUUCAAAUUUGGAAUUGGGCAGUGGGUGGGUGGGAAUUUUGGGAUUGGAAGGAAGAGUAGCCGGAGGGAACUGCAGGGCUCAGAAUGAGCUGCUCAGCUUCUGCAGCAGGAAAGUGAAUCCACAGGAUUGCAUAGUUCACAUUUCCCGAAACCAUUCUGUGAACUGAAAGGCCCCUGUCCUCCAAAAGUCACACAUCUCUGAAUUCGGUGAUGCAGUACCCCAACCCAACAAUUCAUAGAAUCAUAGAAGUGUCGAGUUGGAAGGCGCUCAGAAGAUUGUCUAGUCCAGUCCUCUGAACAUGAAUGUACAAAGGGCAUUAUGUUAGGGGAAAUUGCUUGCAGAAAAAUCUGUAUCUUACGAGAAAUGUGCUUGAAAUACGGACAUUCAGUUUUGUGCAGAAUUUCUGAAACAAAAUUUGCAGACUGAUGCAGAAAUGUGUGUGUGUGAGAGGGAGCCAAAGUCAAGACUGAGAAAUGAGAAGCUGAAUUGGGCGGCUGCUGAGCAUCCCCUCCCUGUGGCUCUGAGGGCAGAACUGGCUUCACAGAGGAAAAUGGGAGCCUGGUUGUUGCAUGGAGGCUGAGGAGAGAGGAGCAAAGGGGAUCCAGGGGCUGAGGUGGGCCGGAGCUGGCACAUUCUCCAGGGGCCACAAGCUGCAAAGAACUACAGAGCAAAUGGACUUGGGCUAGAUGGCCACCCGGGAUGCAAGCCAGAGAUUUUGUGCAGAGGUGCAUGAUUGGGGGAGGGGAGUGGAACCCUCUAGUACAGCAGUUCUCAACCUGUGUGUCCCCAGAUGUUGUUGGACUACAACUCCCACCAUCCCUGAGCUCUGGCCUUGCUAGCUAGGGGUGAUGGGAGUUGUAGUCCAGCAACAUCUGGGGACCCACAGGUCGAGAAAGGCUGCUCUAGUACAAAUCAAUACAAGCAGGUGAACGUGUGAGAUGCAAUAAGAGGAACAGUGGAGGGAGUUGGAGAAUAAAAGACUGAGAGGUGAUAUGAGACCCGUUUUCAAAUAUCUGAAGGAGAUUCCGACUAAACAUUUGACAGUGGAAGAGACUUCUUUGGGAGGUUGUCGACUCUCCUUCCAUUGGAGGUUUCCAAAGAGAGGUUGGGUGGCCUUCUGUCAGGGAUUCUUUAGCUGAAAUUCUGCACCACAAGGGGCUGGACUAGAUGAUCCUUGGGGUCCCUUCCAGCUCUAGGAUUCUAUUAUUUUUUAGCUAGGAUUCCUGCAUUGCUGGGAGUAGAAGUAGGGGACCUUCAGGACCCAUCCAACUCUACGAUUCUGCACUUGGCUAGGGAGAGACCUUGAUGCCCCUGUCUGGCUCUCUCUCGCCCUGUUGCUUCCCAUCAGUGAGCAGAACCUGGCAGAGUUUUACCCAGGGGGAGAGAUUCUGUUACUCUCUGUGGCUAGACAGGAGGAGGAAUGCAGUGGCUGGAGCCCAUCCAAGCUAAACAGAGAUGGCUGGGGAGCUAAUUGCUGCCACAGCUCCUGGGAUUGCUUCAUGCCCAACGAUGCCCGGGGCCAAGAUACAGAGAAGGAAGAAGCUUCAUGCUUACCUGCCUGGACCUUGGUUUCUGGUGCAACAUGAGCCACUCUGGGGCAAAGCUUUUCUGCAGCGUGGUCAAGGGGCUCUGGCCGCACCAAACCCCUCUGCAGCCUCCCUUCCUCACUGAGCACCAGCCCCAUCCCACAUGGAGCAACAGCUCCAAAGUUGUACACCUCCCUCGCCUCACACACAUUGUUGUCACAAACGGGAGCCACACCUGUGGCAGAAGGGUGGAGGGUGUUGCCUCUCUCACCUCGCCCAAACUGCUGCACGUCCUGCAGAUCAGAUCAGAGGUGAAGCUGAAGGUUGGAAGAUUCGGGACAGAUGGAAGGAAGUCCUCCUUCACACGGCUCAGACUGUGGAACUCCUUCCCACAGGAAGUAGUGGUGGGCACCAAGCUAGGUGGCUUUAGAAGAGGACUGGACAAAUUCAGGGAGGAGGAGAGGGCUAUGGAAGAUGGAUCUGCUCUGCCUUCGCAGCUGGAGACAGCAAUGCUUCUCCAGUGGCUGGAAACUGCAGGAGGAAGAAGCUGCUCUGAGGCUUGGAUCCUGCUUGUGGGUUGGCCACUGUGAGAAGAGGAUGCUGGUGAGAUGGGCCACUGGCCUGAUCCAGCAGGCUCUUCUUAGGUUCCUUUGUUUUAGGACUGGUCUCUGAACUCAGCAGUGGGCUGCAUGAAGGUCCACAAAGUGACCCUGAAUCCUGGCAAGACGGAGGUGCUGGGGGGGGGUGCAGUUAGUCAGCUGCCUCCUUCGGACGGGGUUGUAUUCCCCUAGAAGAACAGGCUCCAUGUUUCAUCAAAUCCAUCUCUAGAGGCGCAGGUGACCUCAGUGGCCAGGAGUGCCUUUCCCCAGCUUUGGCCAUUUCUGGACCAGGAGAACCUGACCACUAUGGUCUGUGUGCUGGUAAUCUCCAGGUUGGAUUAUUGAAGGAGUGUCUUCAACCCCAUCAUCCAACCCAGACACUGAGGUCCAUCUCCAAGGGCCUUCUGGUGGUUCCCUCACUGCGGGAAGUGAAGUUGCAGGGAACCAGAGGGCCUUCUUGGUGGUGGCAACCUCCCUGUGGAACACCCUCCCAUCAGAUAAACAACUACAUGAAAUAAACAACUACAUGACUUUCUGAAGAUAUCUUAAGGCAGCCCUGUAUUGGGAAAUUUGUAAUGUUUGAUGUCUCACUGUGUUUCUGGUAUGCUGGAAGCUGCCAAGAGUGGCUGAGGCAACCCAGUCAGAUGGGUGGGGUAUGUAAUAAAUAAUAAUAAUAACAAUAAUAAUAAUAAUUUGGUCAAUGUGGGGCUGCCCCUGAAAUUGGUGCACAAACUCCAGCUAGUGCAAAAUGGGGCAUCUUGGCUGCUCAUGUUUUACCCAUCUCUACUUGGCUCUUCUGAGUCAAGAGGCCUUUGUCUGUGAAAGAUGUAUUUGCACCUGGGCAACAACUCAGCCCCUUCCAAGAACGAGGGCACCUUGCAUUUCCCAUGCCCAAACUUCCCUGACACAUGCGCACAUUAUGGGGAUGUCAGGUGUUAUGUACUGAGUUGAAUAGGAUCCAAAAUGCAGCAGUCUGAUUGGUCCACAGGAGCCACCCAAACCAGCUCCAGGUGGAAGUGAAUCCGCAACCUGAUUGGCCCACAGGAGAAUCCCGGAAUUAGCCAAUCCCAUGGGGCCCAUUGUGUAAAUAAUGUAUAUAAAGCAGACAUUCUGGGGGAACUUCCAUUCCUCCUCACCACUAUGAGCUGAAUGAAGAGCAUGAAAUCCACUCUCGACUCCGAGUAUAUUUCAUCAGGGGACUGGGAACAGCCGCUGUGGGAGCUGAGAGGAGGUUAACUAACUGCAUGCCCUUCAUAUUUUCUGUCUUCAGAGACACCAGGAAGGGCAUCUCCUGCCCCUCGCUGCGCCCAGACGGAAGCCACACCUGAGUGCAAAGAAGCCUCCGGGAAGAAUGCCAAGGUGAGAAAGGAUGCGGAGCUGGCCCAGAAUAGCCCUGUGGCUGAGGAGCUGCAAGGUGCUGCCCUGAUGAAACCCGUCUCUGAUGAAAAGUCAGCGAGUGGAGAAGUCACAGGGAAGCCACCGUCCGAAGCGGGACAUGUCGCCAAUGAUGGGCCGGCUGCCUCUGGGGGGCAGCCAGGAAACGGAGAAGGGGCAGGGGCUGGUGUUGAACUGGGCAGACUCCCCAGUGGGGAAACACCAGCAAAGCUUGCAAGGCCACCCCCCCUCGAGGAACUGGAUGACCGUGAUGAUGAUGACGAUGACGAUGAAGACGAUGACGACGAUGACGAUGAAGACGAUGACGACGAUGACGAUGAUGAUGACGAUGACGAUGACGAUGACGAUGAUGAUGAUGAUGAUGACGAUGAUGAUGACGAUGACGAUGAUGACGAUGGUGGUGAUGGCGAUUGACCCCGGCCUACAUCCUUGGGGUCCCUGGCAGCGCAGGCAGAGCGCCUUGCCCCAGCGUGUGAGACAGGGAAAGAUAAAGCUCAUCAAAGUAGUGCAUGGGCAGAGUUCUCGCCACGUCACAAACUGCAGAGAGGGAACUUGCUUUGUCCCUGGGUCACAUGCUGGGGCAUCUUUCUUGCUGCAUCACAGACCUUGGCUUCUCUGGAAGAGGAUAGAUCAGGGGUCUGCAACCUUUAAGACGAAAAGAGCCGCUUGGACCCAUUUCUGAAGAAAAAAAAACUGGGAGCCGGAAAACUCGUCAUUAUAAAAAUAACUUUUUUGUCACUUUUUUAUUAUUUCUUUGUUUGACCCCUCAGAAUUACUCCUCCUCAUAGAAAUAAACAUUAAAUUAACAGGUUACCUUUUUUUGUGUGUGUGUUCUUCACUCCCCUUCAAAACAGUGACCAGCGUACAUGCCCCCUUUCAAUGCAGUGACCAGCGUACAUGCCCCUUACAAUGUAGCGGGCGGGCGGGAAGGUGACGUCGGGACGGUGUGUGACUAAUGCACGCACCGCCCCAUGCGACGUCACAGCCAGUAUAGCGCUCGCCACAGUGGGGAGUGUCGGGGCGCACAAUGCGCCUCCUCCCCUCGCUAGUAUCUGCCCCGGAGCAGCGGCAAAGGUGUAAAAGAGCCACAUGCGGCUCCGGAGCCGCGGGUUGCAGACCCCUGGGAUAGAUAGAGAGAUAGAUAGAUAGAUAGAUAGAUAGAUAGAUAGAUAGAUAGACAGAUAGCUAAGAGGAGCAGACACAAGGCCUAGCUAGCCCAGCCUCUUGUUCCCAUAGAUUGGACCCCCCUGAUGCCCUCAUGGGAAACCCCGCAGCCGGCCAGCCUGGCAGGGGUCCCCUUCUAGUGCUGCUCCCUCUGCAACUGGUUGUUGUUUAGUCGUUUAGUCAUGUCCGACUCUUCGUGACCCCAUGGACCAGAGCAGGCCAGGCCCUCCUGUCUUCCACUGCCUCCCGCAGUUUGGUCAAACUCAUGCUGGUAGCUUCGAGAACACUGUCCAACCAUCUCUCCUCUGUCGUCCCCUUCUCCUUGUGCCCUCCAUCUUUCCCAACAUCAGGGUCUUUUCCAGGGAGUCUUCUCUUCUCAUGAGGUGGCCAAAGUACUGGAGCUCUGAUCCUGGCCUGUAGGCAGUAGAGAUUCUUCAGUUUCUCUGCUCAACAGAAAAGGCCCACAGCCUCAUCCCUUGGGAAACUCUCUGCUCACAUUCAUCUCAGCAGGGAUUGUGCUGGAGAACUUCAGCCGUGGUGCCUGUGUUGCAAGGGGGUGGAUUAGUGGACCUUUGGGGUCCCCUCCAACUCUACAAUUCUACAAUCCUGGGGGGGAAGUGUUCCCGUGUUUGCUCUGAACCUUGCUUCAUGCUGGAGGUCCCACAGAGCUGCCUCUUGAAAUCCAAAGGGACACCCUCCCACCCGCUGGGGGUGCAGGACUCAGGGGCUCCCCGUGUGGGUUUUAUGAACCAGCAAGCCUUGCUGGCCUGUUGUGCAGCACAUGGCCACCAGAGGGCAGCACUGGCAGGCCUUUUGCAAAACUCAGAAGCAAACAUUCCAGCUGUUCUUAGAACGACACCUGUUUGCAUGGCAAAUACCAGCUCCCUUGCUUUGGUGCUGCAAAGGUUGACCUAAUCCACCUUCCCGAAGGCCUCAACUGUCUUCCUGUUCAGAUGAUGAUGAGCUGGACGAAGAGGAUUUGGGCCCUUCAAAGUUCCAGCCAAAUGAGUUUUGA